AUGACUGACUGGGAUAAAUUUGAAGAUGCUGAUCUUCCAGCAAUAGAGAAUUUUUACUCUUCAUUGACUGAGGAAAAUAUAUCAAAAGAAGACUAUGAACAUGCAAAGCAAGUAUAUCAAACAUUUAAACUAAAAAGUCUUGGAGAAUACCAUGAUCUCUAUUUAAAAACAGACAUAUUGUUAUUAGCUGAUGUUUUUGAAAAUUUUCGUGAUAUGUCACUGAAGUGUUAUGGUUUAGACCCUUGUCACUUUUACAUCAGUCCGGGAUUGAGCUGGCAGGCAAUGUUGAAAAUGACUGAAGUCACUCUAGAGCUCACGACAGACAUUGAUCAAAUUUUAUUUAUCGAAAAGGUAUUCGAGGUGGUAUUAGUCAAAUAUCAAAUAGAUACAAAAAAAGCAAACAAUGAGUAUUUGAAUGAUUAUGAUCCUACAAAAGAAACCUCAUUUCUAGCUUAUUAUGAUGUCAAUAAUCUUUAUGGUUACAGUAUGUCACAACAACUACCAACAGGCUUCUUUAAGUUUUUAGAGAAGGAAGAAAUUGAUACUUUUGAACCUGAAAAAAUACCAGAGGAUGGAUCUAAGGGGUAUAUUCCAGAAGUAGAUCUAGAAUAUCCAAAACAUUUACAUGACAGUCAUAACGACUACCCAUUAGCUCCGGAACGUAAAUUCACACCCAAUGAAAAAUUAUCUCCUUAUGCUCAACAUGUGUUGAAACAUUUACACAACAGUGAGGAACUUCCACCCAGAGCAAAGGUGGAAAAAUUACUCACCACUUUAGAAAACAAACAGAAUUAUGUACUUCACUAUCGCAACCUGCAACUGUAUCUCCAACUCGGUCUAAAAUUGAAAAAAAUACAUAAAGUAUUAGAGUUCCAACAAGAGGCUUUCAUGAAACCCUACGUUGAGUUCAACACCAAAAUGCGACAACAAGCCAAGACUGCUUUCGAGAAGAACUUCUUCAAACUCAUGAACAACUCGGUCUUCGGAAAAACCAUGGAAAAUCUUCGGAAGCAUCGGUCCGUAGAACUUGUUCAUACAGAAAAACGACUACAGAAGGUGUCAUCCAAACCCACUUAUAAGAUGCACCGGAUUUUUUCUGAAGACCUUGUUGGUGUUGAAUUAAGUCGCAAAAAAUUAAAUUAA